CUAUGUCAAACUCCUCCGAUGUCAGUAGGUUUCAUGUACAAGUAUUGGUGUAUUAUAUAAUUUUUUUCCUCCUUCCUUAUAAUGAGAUAGCUAGCAAUACCCAAAGUAACUGCACUGCAACAGUAGUGUUAUCGUGUAAUGGUAGUGCUUUGAUAUUCUUUUCAAAAAACAUUUUUUCUCUUUGGUUUGUUUCUGCAGAACUAUUGCUGCAUCAUCAGAUUAGUCGUAAUAAUCAAUCAAGGAAGAGGUAGCUAGCUGAAGCCUGAAAUGAAUGACUACCCAACUCCAGUUCCCCGUAGAGAUGGGCGGCGUGGGACCCUGCACCUGGAUGGCUCAAGAAAAGGUGCCCCGGCGAGACCCCACGGCCGGCACAUGACGAUGGAGGAUGAAAGCGGAGAUCUGAUCAAGUGUACCGGAAAGUCUUGCCAAUCAUGCACGGCCGGCUUGAUCGCCGACUGUGUGGCCGUUUGUUGCUGCCCUUGCGCUGUAGUAAACAUCUUGGUUUUCGCAUUCUUGAAAGUCCCGUGGAUGGUUGGGAGGAGAAUCCUGAAACUUGGGAAAAAGAAGCAGCAGGGUCAGGGUGCCGGGAAGUUAGAAAGGAAUGAGAGGCAGAAAUGCGUUGGUGAAAUGACUAAUUACCUCGAGUGCACGAUGGAGUCGGAUGGAAUUUCAAGAAAGUCAAGGGCAGUAGAGCAAGGGGCAUCGGAAUUUGUAUUUUCUGGCUUCGGAGAUGAAGUGCUAAAAGACAAUUUUAGUGCAAGGUUUGAAGCGGAAGAGCUUUGGUUUGAGUUACACCAGUUCGGUCAUCUGGGUUUUGGUAGGGUUUCUUUCACCGGAAUUCCUUCCCUCUCUAGGACCAACUAGUAGUCGGUCCUUUUCUUGGUUUUGGGGGAUUAGGGGGGGUGAGGUGGACGAACUUAAUUCUGGUUUUUAAUGCCCUCGUCAACUAGCUUCAAAUCCCAUAUUCUUUCCAAAUAUUCAAGCCAAAAGGGCUGGUGUAAAGAGUUUAAUUUGACCCUUGGCCUUGCGUUCAUGUAUGCAUUGAUUGGGUUGAAAGAAUGAAUUAAUGGAGAUGCAUUCAUCCCUUUCAUA